UUUUGUGACGGUGCCAUGACGUCAUACAAAAUUGCCCCACCAGAAAUUUUAGGCUAAAAUCCAAAUCGCCACUGUGGAUAUCUAUUUCUUGAGAACAGUAUGCAUGUCGUACUGUGCCCUUGGCGAAAAGAUUGCAGGAAUCUCUUGUGCGCCGUGCGUAAGGAUCUUUGGUCUUGUGUUAUACAUUAUGACAUCAUGACGUUGAAUUUGUAUUUGUAUUUUUUUACCCACGUUAUUAUGCAAAAUGAUUUCGCGUUUACACGGGGGGGAUGAUGGUGACAUGUAGGGAAGUGAACGAGAGAGAACAGCAGGGCGGAAACGGAAAUACUCCUCUGACGUUUUGUUAUGUAUACCAGCUGAUCUGGCAAUCAAGGCGAUCUAGCUAACAACAUCAGCCAGCAACUCUGGGAAAGCCGCCGCGCCUUGUCAUCUCAUCUGCAGUGUUUGUUGGUUACCUACCGCAGGUAGAAGACCACUCAAUUUCGGCGACAUGCCAUUUAGGUGAGAAUCCAGGUCUCCUACGCUGUACGGAUUCAGCUGUGCAGAGGAGGCCACAACUAAGUGGCCUACUACGUUGUUCGGUUUGCUUAGCCAGCUGAAUAGCCUUCGGGGACUGCAACAUUUAGAUUACUUAACAACAGAAGGAUUAUUGUUUAAAAUGUUGUAUACCCAAAGAAUGAUCAAGUGGCCUCGAAGUCAUCCGUGGCAUCAAAUGUCGCCAUAGAAUCACUCCCCAGGGGCAUGUCUAUUCUGUGAAGAAAAUAAGCUAUCCUAGCUAACUCGCUGGACUAGUUUCAGCAGGUACACAGCUAGUGACAGAAGACAGGCAAACCGUCGGAACAGAAAACUCUAAUGCGAAGUUAGGCUACUCGGUAGCUACCGAUUUAUACUACCACUAAUUCAGUUACUAUUCCUCGAAAAAGUCAAAAUGUGGUUGAAGCUGUUCUUCCUACUUCUGUACUUUUUGGUGUUGUUUGUUUUGGCACGUUUUUUUGAAGCCAUCGUAUGGUAUGAAACGGGCAUUUUUGCCACUCAACUGGUGGACCCUGUCGCAUUAAGUUUUAAAAAGUUGAAAACCAUCCUGGAAUGUCGGGGAUUGGGAUACUCAGGUUUGGCAGAGAAGAAGGAUGUCCGAGAACUGGUCGAAAAAUCAGGUGAUCUGAUGCAAGGGGAACUCUACUCUGCUCUGAAAAAUGAAAAAGAACAGCAAGGGACAGACUCAAGCAUUACAUUCAGUGGGGAGAUGCACUUUUAUGAACUGGUGGAAGAUACCAAAGAUGGGAUAUGGUUGGUCCAAGUAAUCGCCCAGGGCAGGGACCCACUGCUGAGCAAAGCCAAUUGGGCUAAAAUGAACCAGAAAGUGUCCCAAUUUGGUAUUCGGACUGGCACUUUCAACUGUUCAAGCGACUCAAGAUACUGUCGUAAGCGUGGCUGGAUGAAAUCCACACUCAUCAUGUCCGUGCCACAGACCUCAGCCUCCAAGGGCAAAGUCAUGCUGAAGGAGUACAAUGGCCGGCGCAUCGAGACAGAGCACAUCUUCAAGUGGAUGACCGCACACGUGGCCUCGCGCAUCAAAACCAUCCACUCCUCCCAGCAGCUUGCAGACGACUGGUACCAGCAGGACGAGCACGCGGUCAAGAUGUUCCUCUUCGCCGAGCUUGACCAGCCACCGGCUUUCUUCUCGGCCCUCAGCAUCAAGUUCACGGGUCGCAUCGAGUUCAUCUUUGUGGACGUGCGCAACUGGGACAACGCCAGCUGCCUGGAGGAGAUCGGCAUGAAGCAGACGCCCUCCUACAUCCUCAAGACGCCCGAGGGCAUCUACAGGUAUGGGAACAGCACUGGGGAGUUCAUGUCCCUGCACGCCAUGGACACUUUCCUGCGCUCAGUGCAGCCAGAGGUCAACGACCUCUUUGUCCUCAGCCUGGUCAUGGUCAACCUCAUGGCCUGGAUGGACCUUUUCAUCACGCAGGGUGUGACGAUUAAGCGCUUCGUGGUGCUCAUUAGCACACUAGGGACUUACAACUCGCUUCUUAUCAUCUCCUGGUUGCCCAUCCUGGGCUUCCUGCAGUUGCCGUACCUGGAGAACUUCUACGAGUACAGCCUGAAGGUGCUCCGCUACGCCGACACGACGACCGUCGCCUCCUGGGUGAGGGCGGACUGGACCUUUUACUCCUCGCACCCGGCGCUCUUCCUCAGCACCUACCUGGCACACGGCCUCCUCAUCGACUACUUUGAGAAGAAGCGCCGCUGCGGCGAGCAAGACCAAAAUGCCAACAACCUGGAGUGGCUGACCAGUCUGUGGGAUUGGUACACCAGCUACCUGGUGCACCCCAUCGCCUCCUUUCAGACAUUCCCAAACGAGUCCGACUGGGACGACGAUCCCAACUUCCUCCUGGAGAGGCUCGCCUUUCCAGACCUCUGGUUGCGUCCCCUCAUUCCCAUCGACUACAUCAAAAAUCUGCCCACCUGGAGGUUCCAGUGCUCGCAGGUCAGCACCACAGAUGGCCACGCUGACUCCGAAAGUAAUGGGGUUCACAUGUGCGGGCUUAACAGAGACCCAGGUGAACACUGCAGUGACGUGGACAGCCCCUGUAUAGGUGACAGCUGUAGGAAGACAGACGAAUCCUGGUCCGGUGGUGGAGAGGCGCAGGACGGCGAAUCUUCCCCCUGGCCCGACGACAUGCUCCACUGCACCGAGUGCGUUGUGUGUCUGGAAAACUUCGAAGUCGACUGCUUAGUCAUGGGGCUGCCGUGUGGUCACGUUUUCCACCAGCAAUGCAUUGUGGUGUGGCUUGCAGGAGGAAGGCACUGUUGUCCAGUCUGCCGAUGGGCGUCGUACAAGAAGAAGCCAUUGAGACCGGCCCAUGGAGCAGACUUGCAAGAACAGGAGUAACAGUCUCAUCCCUCUCCCAUCACCUGCUUCCCACACCUAACUUAUAUAAAUACUUGAUGUGUCCAUCGUUAGUCUCUAGUUUCCUGUUGUUGUUUGUUUUCUUUUUUGUUUUCAUUGGCUUGAGCCUACAUGCAUUUAGAGGUAUAUGAGUUGCAAUGGGUAAUAUAAUCCUAACAUCAUUAUUAGCAUUGGUAAUUGUCAAAAGAAAUAACAGUGGAAUAAGAUUUCUUGACCCUACUGGGAUCUGAUUUGCCUUGUUCGUAAUAGAUAAUAGAUUUGAUCUGCAUUGCAGCUGUAAUUGUAAAAACGUCAACUUGUGAAUGCCUCUUUGCGAUGGUUUGCGCUGUUAUUGACAUGAGGCAGCCCUCUUUACAAUAAUACGGUCCUCCUCCCACUUUACUUCUCAUAUGACUGAAAAAUCCACUUAUAUGCUCCAUUGAUGAGCAGAAUUUAAUGUGUGUUUAAAAAGUUUGUCAUUAUGUAAUUGUUACAAAGUUUAGAAGUAUGUUUGUUUUACCGACAGACUUCUUGAAGGGUUUACUAGAUGGUCAGUUUAUGAUUGAAAAAAAAGAGAGGAUAUAUACAUACAGAUGUUUAUCUUCAGGCAUGUUAUUUUGAUAUUUAUUGCAAAAAAAACAGAACUCUAAAGCAACAACUGUAAUUGUGACAUCAUGUCAAAUGCUCAAAAGCCUCCAUUAAAAAGAAUCUUGCACAAGACCAACUGACCCAGGAUAAUAAACUACAACUAUGGUCCUGGCUUGGUUUAGUUUGCCAAUUCAUGGAAGGCUUUUGAUCUUACUCUAAAUGCAAUUGUAAUUGGCGUUGUAUUAACACUUCUAAAAGGACUGGGUAGUCCUGCUCACCUCUGUGAUGUAAUCUAAAUCAGAAUAGGUUAUGAACAGAGAAUAGCAAUGUUCAUUGAAAUAAAGUUUAUUUUUCACCUGGAUUUACCUUGUGGAAAUGUUCCCAAAUAAA